AAACCAUGCUGCCUGAAGCCUUUAACAGCAUUUCUCCUUCUGUCUUCUGGAUCUUCUUUCCUCACUUCUCACUCAGAGAGGGAUAAACCGAAGACAGAGACAGAGAGAGGCCAGGAGAGAGAGAGGACAUGGCCGGGCCUCUCCUCUCUGCCCGCUUGUUUGUACUUGUGGAGCAAUUCUGUCUGCUAUAUCAUAUCCAUGCAGGGGCAUUUUAUAGUCACAAGUCAUUGCCCCAACAGCAUCAGCCUCUGCCACAGUUACCUCUUCUGUCACAUGGCAAUGAGGGGAUACCCCAACAAAUACCCCAAUACCAUUACCAUGGAAAGGAAAUGCAACACUUACCAUAUGGAAAUGAGAUGCCUUUGCUUCCACAGUAUGCAAAAGAACGUCCACAGGCACCCAUGCACAUGGGUAAACCUAUUGUGGGAAAAGGUGAAACCAUUCCAAGAGGAGAGAAAGGUCCUCCUGGUGAGCCUGGUCCAAAGGGAGUUCCAGGGCCUCAGGGCCCUCCAGGACUUCCUGGUCAUGGUAUCCCAGGACCUACAGGUAAACCUGGUCCUCAAGGUCCACCAGGACUCCCAGGAAUUGGAAAUCCAGGAAUGCCAGGUUUACCAGGGAAACCUGGAGGUAUAGGUUUACCAGGACCGAAGGGUGAGUUGGGACCAAUUGGUGGUGAAGGGCCAAUAGGAAUGCCAGGACCUCCAGGUCUUCCAGGGCCACAUGGCUUACCAGGUGUGUCAAAACCAGGUGCACAAGGAUUUCCAGGACAACCUGGACCUCGUGGAGAACCUGGACAAAAAGGCUUCCCUGGGAACCAUGGUCUCCCUGGGCCAAAAGGUGAGAAUGGGAUUGGCCUCCCAGGACUGCCAGGGGAAAAGGGACAUCCUGGACCUCCAGGACCACCAGGUCAAGUAGGACUACCAGGAGUUGGCAAACCAGGACUGAAUGGACUACCUGGGGCUCCUGGAGCCCAGGGUAAACCUGGUGCACCUGGAGAACCAGGACUGGCAGGAGUCCCAGGCGAGAGAGGACCACCAGGACCAUCAGGACUGCCAGGCUUUGGCAAACCUGGUUUGGAUGGCUUGCCAGGGAAACCAGGUAUUCCAGGUGGAAGGGGCGAGUCAGGUCCCUCUGGUUUACCUGGAGUCCCAGGCUUGCCUGGUUUUGGCAAACCUGGAUAUCCUGGCCCUAAAGGUGAAAAAGGGCAUGGGGGUUUACCUGGCCCCCAAGGCCCAAAAGGUGAAAAGGGUGAUGGUGGUCUUCCUGGAAUGACUGGACCACCAGGGCCAAGUGGCCUUCCAGGACCUCCAGGUCUCUUGGGACAACCUGGAGGUAUUGGUUUCCCUGGUCCAAAAGGAGAGGGUGGUGCAGUAGGACCUAAGGGACAACUUGGUCCAAAAGGUGAACCAGGGCCUCCAGGACUUCCAGGCAAGCCAGGAUUCCCAGGAGAAUUGGGACAACCAGGACUUAGAGGCUUACCAGGUCCCAUAGGACCUAAAGGUGAAAAUGGACAUAAUGGCUUACCUGGCCUACCUGGAGCCCCUGGAAAGCCUGGCGCAAAAGGAGAGGUUGGAUUCCCAGGAGAGAAAGGUCAUCCAGGGCCUAUGGGAAUCCCAGGAUUAAUGGGUCAAGCAGGACCAAUAGGCCCACCUGGUCUACCAGGCCCAAAAGGGGAAUAUGGACCACCAGGAUUCCCUGGAAUGCCAGGGGAGGGAAUAACUGGGCUUCCAGGCCCAACAGGCCCACCUGGUAUACCUGGAGCUGGUGGGCUGCCAGGUCAACCUGGAAUACCUGGUCCUCCUGGCCCACCUGGCCUACCAGGACCUCCUGCUGAAUCUCCAUUUAUUGGGCAAAUCCUUCCUGAGACAGAUCCUGGGAUAGAUGGGGCAAAAGGUAGUUACAAGAAAGAAAUGCCUGGAAGAGCCAGUAUUGGUAGUAUUGGCAUAGAGAUGCCUGCUUUUACAGCUCAGCUGACAACACCAUUUCCACCAGUUGGGCAACCUGUUGUCUUCAACAAGAUUUUAUAUAAUGGUAACCAGAAUUACAACUCUCAAACUGGCAUCUUCACUUGCAAAAUACCUGGAAUUUACUACUUUGCUUACCAUGUUCAUUGCAAAGGAAACAAUGUAUGGGUGGCAUUGUACAUGAACAAUGAGCCAGUUAUGUAUACAUAUGAUGAAUAUAAAAAAAGUUACCUGGAUCAGGCAUCAGGGAGUGCAGUGCUGCCCUUACAAGUUGGAGACACUGUUCAUAUCCAUUUACCAUCAGACCAAGCUGCAGGACUUUAUGCUGGUCCAUAUGUCCACUCAUCAUUUUCUGGAUAUUUGUUAUAUCCCAUUUGAAUUUGUGAAAAAACAUCACUCAUAUAAAACUAGUGCCACAUUUUUCUAGCAUAAACUGUAUGUGCCAUCAGUACAGAGUUACUUGUUAUGUUUGAAUAGAAAAGUUAAUUGACAAUUGAGUGACAUAGAUUAAUUGAGGUAAGGUUUAUAUCAUAUUGUGGUACAGUGGCAAAUGAAUAUAUAUUAAAAUAAUGUUAAAUGUAUGUUUUACACAUAAACAUACUUAAAUAAUUUGAAACAGUCGUACAUUAUCCAUUCAUUCAUAUGGCUAGCACUUUGCUAGAACUAUUAUCACAUUAUUUAUUUGCAUAUUUUUGUAUUUUUUGAUAGUGUAUUGAUUGUACAUAGAUGGGGUCACAUUUAUAUCAAUGUAAAAUGGUGUGAUUGUGAUAUACAGCACAAUAUAGAAUGUUCAGAUUGUUGGGUAUGCACUAUUUUUCUACUGUCUUAGUUUCUCAUUGUGCCAUCUCAAUGAACUUAACGAAAGUAUUUAAGUACACAAGUGUUAUGUUUUUUACAUUAAAUUGUUUUUUAGUGAUCUCAUUCAUUAAAAACGUCAGUAAAAUGCAAAUCGGAAAUGUCCUGAACCUUACAUUUAUGUGUUUUAUUCCCAACAGUUUUGAGUAGACUACAUCAGGUCAUUGUUUACCAAAACAAUUUCAAAGUACAAUUAGAAUAUAAAAAGACACUCUGUAAAGUUAAAUUCAAAUAGUCUUAGGAACCUCUCUGUAAUUUAUUUUUAGUUUUACUACUGAAUGGCUAAAUUUGCAUAUGUGUAAAAAAAGAUGGUGGGGCACAAAAAAGAAGGAAUUUAUUCUUUGUUAUUUUUGACAAUGGUGCUAAACUGUUAAAUAUACAGUAUA